AUGACGGAAUUCCAAAGGAUCACCGAGCACAAUCUUGCUACCUCACCCUUCCUCGACCUUCCUGGUGAGGUGCGAAACAGGAUCUACGAGUUCACUUUGGGCGGCAACAUAUGGAAUAUCGAUGCGAAAGGACGUGCGAUCAAUCUUACACCUAAAGCUAAUCGGAACGACCACCGGGAUUUGCUCCUCGUCUGUCGUCAAAUAUACAGUGAGAGCCGCGUCUUGCCAUGGUCACUCGGUUCAUUCAAGUGCUUCCAUGGGGUCAGAUAUCUUCGCCGCUGGCUUGCCAAGUUUCCGCCUGAAUUUCGCAGGGCUAUCACGUUCAUCAUCCUCUUGGGAAGCAACCAAUCCGGAGCUCCUCCUUUGAAAGACGAACAGCUGGAGCAGGCAUAG